CACUGAGCCAGUCUAGCAAGGGUUUCUUCGCAAGAGCUAGACUAGGGCCGUAUAAGGAAGACGCCCGCAUUGCUGGAGGCUUGGUAGGAGAUGGCCGGCAAGAACAAGGGCAAGAACAAGGGCAAGGGCAAGGAAGUGCAGACAGGUCAGGCCUCCUCUUCUCGCAACCAAGGAUCAUCCUCACGGGAGACGCCUCCGCGUCAGCAAGAAGACCAGCAUCCUCCUGCUACCCCUGGUCUCUCCCUAGGCUUUCAGUCUCUAGAUCUUCAAGUCAAGACUUCAGGAAGAAGCUCUGCUUCUCCUCCUUCGACCCGCGCUCGUGCGAUCACCAAGGAGGAUACUCUUGCGAUUGCGCAAGCUCCGUACAUCGACGCUAAAAACUUCGUUCUUGCUUUGGCCAAGUCUCAUAACAUCAAGGAGUUGGACAUCGAUGAGCAAGUGAAGAGCUUAGUUACUUGCAUGGAACAUCAAGACCCUAAGCAGCAGAAGGUCCUUCUCGACACCUUCAUGGUUAACUCCAGCAUUCUCUUCGACCAACUCACAGACGUCAUCCUGGGAGUAUCCAAUAUGGCUAAGGAACUUCCAGACCUCAUGAGCGAGUACGGCGGAGUCGAAGGUUUCCACAAUCAGUAUUAUGUUCUAGCCAAGGUCAAAGACGCGAAGGAGAAGCGUAUUCAAGAGCACUCUAGUGCGGUCAAGGCUAUUAAUACAUUGCAACCCGGCCUCAUGGACUUCAUCUCUCGAUUCUCGAGCAAAGUAGCGUACAACCACCAAGCCAUGAUGGAUGUAGCGUUCUGUUUGCGACGCAUGGACGUGCAAGACGUUGCGCUAUUCUUAGUCCAAGCUGCUGCUCUGCGCAUCCAAGCUAUAAACAGGAGCAACGAUACCAACAUUCUGUCACAAGACUGGAGCACUGUUAGGAACUGGAUGAAAGACAUUGUGGACUACGCGCUCACGAACACCUACUCUGAUAAACCCAUAGGGUCACCUCAGGCGGUCGCCGCUCUACGAGCAGACUUUAACAAGUGCAAAAUGGAGAAGAAGAAUUUGCAGUGGACUUCGAAUGCGAACCCUCCAAUUCUAUUCGCACGCAAGCACAUGCUAGAUGGGAAAGACAACAACUAGUAUGAGUUCUGGCAGCAUAUUUUCUUCCACUUGGAAGACGUCACCAUUCGAGGCGUUCAAACCCCUAUCAAGUACACUUUGCACGGCCUUAAUCAGACCAAGACUACAGAGGUGGUUACGCGCUAUCAGAUGAAGAUGCACCCUCAUUGGAAGCUAGCUGUUCCCAUCAACACUGAAUUUGGAUCCACUCCGAACGAGUCAGAAGCAAUUAACGAUGGUGGUAAUCGAAUUGACGCUGAGCUUAAAGAGCUAGGAGCGAAGCAGCUAAGUAAGACCCA